GGGAAGCGCGAGCGAGCGAACGGCUCAGUCCCCGGGCGGCGGCGGCGGUGGCGGCGGCGGCGGCGGCCGGGGCGGGGGCGCUGCUGCUGCUGCGGGGGGCCGGCGGCGGAGGCGGCGGCAGUGACGGCCCGCACCAGCCAUGCCGAAUAAAAACAAGAAGGAGAAAGAGUUACCAAAAGCAGGAAAAAGUGGGAAAAGUUCAAAAGAAGGACAAGACGGAAUAGAACCAGAGACUCCCAGCAGGAAGAGCAGCCUCAUCACGGUGCCGUCGGCGUCUACCAAGAUAAAAGUGCCGGCCCCUCAGCCCGUAGUGAAGAAAGAAAAACGGCAGAGUUCCUCCCGGUUUAGCAUCAGCUAUAACAGAGAACUUCAAAAACUACCAUCUUUAAAAGAUGUUCCUCCUGCUGAUCAAGAGAAGCUUUUUAUCCAGAAGUUACGUCAGUGUUGUGUCCUCUUUGACUUUGUUUCCGAUCCGCUGAGCGACCUCAAGUGGAAGGAAGUAAAACGAGCUGCUUUAAGUGAGAUGGUGGAAUACAUCACCCACAAUCGGAAUGUGAUCACAGAGCCCAUCUACCCGGAGGUGGUCCACAUGUUUGCAGUUAACAUGUUUCGAACGUUGCCACCUUCCUCCAAUCCUACGGGAGCAGAGUUUGACCCAGAGGAGGACGAACCAACGCUCGAAGCAGCCUGGCCGCACCUACAGCUUGUUUAUGAAUUUUUCUUAAGAUUUUUAGAGUCUCCAGAUUUCCAACCUAAUAUAGCAAAGAAAUAUAUUGAUCAGAAGUUUGUAUUGCAGGUAAGGCAUAAAUUAGCUGAAACUACAAAAGCCCUGAUUUACAGAGAGAAUCUCAAGUCACUAAGUGUCUUUUUCUUCUUGAAGCUUUUAGAGCUCUUUGACAGCGAAGAUCCUCGAGAGAGAGAUUUUCUUAAAACUACCCUUCACAGAAUCUACGGGAAAUUCUUAGGCUUACGAGCUUACAUCAGAAAACAGAUAAAUAAUAUAUUUUAUAGGUUUAUUUAUGAAACAGAGCAUCACAAUGGGAUAGCAGAGUUACUGGAAAUACUGGGAAGCAUAAUCAACGGGUUUGCCUUACCCCUGAAGGAAGAGCACAAGAUUUUCUUACUGAAGGUGUUGCUGCCUUUGCACAAAGUGAAGUCUCUGAGCGUCUACCACCCCCAGCUGGCGUACUGUGUCGUGCAGUUUCUGGAGAAGGACAGCACCCUCACGGAACCAGUGGUAAUGGCACUUCUCAAGUACUGGCCAAAGACCCACAGUCCAAAAGAAGUAAUGUUCUUGAACGAGUUGGAAGAGAUUUUGGACGUGAUCGAACCCUCGGAAUUCGUCAAGAUCAUGGAGCCGCUCUUCCGGCAGCUGGCCAAGUGCGUCUCCAGCCCGCACUUCCAGGUGGCGGAGCGAGCGCUGUACUACUGGAACAACGAGUACAUCAUGAGCCUCAUCAGUGACAACGCCGCCAAGAUCCUGCCCAUCAUGUUCCCGUCCUUGUACCGCAACUCGAAGACCCACUGGAACAAGACAAUCCACGGCUUGAUAUACAACGCCCUGAAGCUCUUCAUGGAGAUGAACCAGAAACUGUUUGAUGACUGCACUCAGCAGUUUAAAGCAGAGAAACUGAAAGAGAAGCUAAAAAUGAAAGAACGAGAAGAAGCAUGGGUUAAGAUAGAAAAUCUAGCCAAAGCAAACCCCCAGUACACAGUGUAUAGUCAAGCGAGCACGGUGAGCAUCCCGGUGGCAAUGGAGACAGAUGGGCCCUUAUUUGAAGAUGUGCAGAUGCUGAGAAAGACAGUGAACGAAGAGGCUCGCCAGGCCCAGAAGGACCUGAAGAAGGACCGGGCCCUGGUGCGCCGCAAGUCCGAGCUGCCCCAGGACCUCCACACCAAGACCGCCUUGGAGGCCCACCUCAGAGUCGACGAGCUGCUGUCCCAGGACGGCCGCUAGCCGCCUGCCCGGCUGCCGGCGCGGCCCUGGGUCCAUAGAGAACUCACACUUGCGUGCCACACAGAUCAGUCACACUCAGAGUCAGAGCUUUCUCACCCGUCCUCCAGACAGUAGCCCGCCCCCCGCACGAGAGCAGGAGUUCAAACAAUGGUGACGCAGACGCAGGCAGGGCCACCACGGUGUCCCGUGGGGUCCCCGCCGUGGCAGUGUCCCAGAUUCAGCUAAGGCAAGCACCCUGGUCAUCACCCUCAGUUCUACCCAAACGGAACUGGCGAUCACUGAAAAUAAGUGGUUCUUUGAGAAUGUCAAUGUUUCUCAAAUCAAAGGAACACUUUAAAAAAGUAUUUUGUAUUUUUAAGAUUCUACAACCUUUGAAAUUGUUUCCAUGUGAUUGUUUACACCAGCAGUUUCUUCUUUCUUUUCUUCCCCGGUAUCAUUGAACUGCUUCUCUGCUGUCACUGUUCUAACGUGGACAGCGACGCAGUGAGUGUCCUCGGAGCAGGUCUGUCCCGAGGUCUCCUUCACUUUGAGUAGCGGCAGGGGCACCACGUCCGACUCCUUCCGUGUCUCUCUAAAGCCAUAUCUGCCCGUCUGUCCGCACCAGGACGCGAGCAGGAAGCUCACAGGAGAAAUUUGCCUGACAGAGAAGCUGCCUCUGUCUCCCGUGGCUAGAAUGGAAUUUUUAAAACAGUGUGUUCAUCUUGGGGUUUGCCGAAUUCUUUUUUCCGUUCUUACACAUUGUUGUCCCUUAACAAGGCUCUUGAGUUAAUAAAGUUAGAGUCUAAGAGUUCCACACUUUGUAGCAAGCUGGAAUGAGGACAUUUUGAGAAGCCAGUUCCCGGCCAAAUGCCAAGUGCAGCUGCCUUUGGGCAAAGGUAACAAAAAUCACGCCCUGCACGCCAGGCACUGGCGCGACACCGCUCGGAGCUCAGCGGGAGUGACGGCAGUGACGGCGAGGGUGGCCACAGAGGAGUCCCGUUGAGACGAGCACACGUCACACACGCCUCGAAAGGAACACCCAGAGUCUGGCUCUCGGCAGAUGCUGCUACCUGUCUCACGCCUUCCUUGCAUGUACCAAGCUUUCAUUUCGAUGGAAUAGCACGAGGAAAUAUUCUUUAAACUUAGUGCUUUGUCUGUUCUUUUUUUCUCUCAGGGUGGCCAGUAUUUUGACUUAUUUUAUCCUGCUUGAAAGCUGUUUGAGAUGUGUACUGCUGUUCUAAACAAACGACCCUGGUCUCUUUUGUCUGCAGCAUAAGAUUAUACAAGUUAACGUUAACUGUCUUGAUACACAAAGGAUAAAACGUGGCUUCUUUUAGGAUCUGUCUUCUAAUCGAGGUCUUGGCAUCCACUCAGAUGUUGUGAAAGCAGACAUCGCUUCCGCCACCACCGAGGCCCACGGACAGUGCGCGUGUCCUGUGUCUUGGAGGAAGGCCACCUGGGGGCCUCCUUGUGUGGAGCGCACUGGCCGACUGGGAGGGAGCCCGGUGCGGGUGCAGAGCCUGCUCGGUGAGCGGACUCACUUCCUGAGAAACUUGACAAGCCUCUGUCCGUUUUACCAUUAUGAAAUUUACAAUUUUCAAAAAGUCUAGAUGCCUUCUCCUUUUGAGGGAAAAAGGGUGCUUUUUACUGUAUAAAGCAGUGUCUUACGUAUUUUGAUACACCGUUGUUUGAACUUCGUCUUCGGUUGACACUCAGAUAGCCUUGGUUUCGGUGUCUGGUAUGUUUGCGAGAGAGCUUUCUGGAAGACUUUUGGCCGAGGGACAAGCAGAGGACCGCUGUUUGGGCGACGGUAAAGCUCCAGGUAUAAGAACAUCUUUCAUCUAGGUUUUAUUUCUGCUCUUUAUUGAAGACAAACAUUCACCAAAAAGGGGGAGAAAAGGUUUUGAGAGAAACUAAUUUUCUUUGACAAGAGUAUUAUUUAAUAUUUUGGCCUAUUAAAGUUUUCCUAGUUAGUAUUCAGAUUUCCUGUGCUAAUUGUUCAACUUAUAUAUUAUUAUAUAGAUACACUGUUUAUUCUGUACCAAACUGAUUCAAAAAGUACUACAUUGAAAAUAAACUGGUGACUGUUUUUCUUCAUAAAGUUCUGGUUUGGCAUCUUCACUCUUCCCAACGUACCUGUGCGUCAGAAAUGUCACUAUUCCGAGUGUCUUUUUAGUGUGGCUUUAGUAUGGCUUCCUUUUAAUAUUGUACAUACAUUGUAUCUUUGUUUUAUGGUAAUAAAUAAUAAAAUGUAGACUUCAUAUUUUGUACAAAAUGUCCUAUGUACAGAAUAAAAAAUUCAUAGAAACAGCAAAGAUAGGUAAGUGGCACAAUUAUUUUUCUUUAGAAAAUAUCUGUAACUUUAUGCUUUAGUGAAAUGUUAAGUACCUACAUAUUUUUUAACAUUUUGUAACUCAAAACUUUUGGUUUUGACAUUGUUUAUGAAGAGAGACUUCAUACACUUGCCAUUUAAUAUGCUCUUUUAUCUAAUUUUAAAAGACUCUAAAAAUGGUGUAUUAUAUGGACUGAAUAAAGGACAUGUGAGUUUUAUUGCUCAUCAUGAAACUAAAUCUG